GCAAGUUGGAGAACCUGUGGUUCUCUCUUAUACUUUGCUUAAUAUUAAAAUGGCAGAAAUAUUGAAGCCAAUUGUGUGUAUGGAUACAUCAGAUAUGUGUGUAUCUACGUGUGUGUUAAAUGCAAUAAAGAAAAAAAAUGAGAAGGCUAGCCAAGAAACGGAAAACUUAGCAGGGAAUUAGUGAUUGAUUUCUAACUGCAAUUUUGAA